GGCGGGGCGGGAAGCCCGAGGGCAGCCGGGGGAGGGAGGAAGCCGAGAGCGGCCCCGGCCAUGGCCACGGCCCCGGCGGGCUCGGCCUCAGCCUCGGGCUGCCCCCCGGAGCUGGCCGCCGUGCCCAUGGUGGCGCUCAACUACGGCGUGCGGCGCCGCCUCGGCCUCUACCUCAACCCCCGCACCGCCGCGGCCGCCGACUGGACGGCGCUGGCCGAGGAGCUGGGCUGCGAGUACCUGGAGAUCCGGCGGCUGGAGGCGCUCCCCGACCCCACCGGGGCGCUGCUGGACGAGUGGCAGAGCCGCUGCCCCGGCGGGGCCACCGUGGGCCGCCUGCUCGAGCUCCUGCACCGCCUGGAGCGCCACGACGUCUUGGUUGACCUGGCCGCCAGCGUGGAGGAGGACUGCAAGAAGUACUUGAAGAGGAAGCAGCAGCAAGCCGACCAGCCGCUGCAGGUGCCGGCGGUAGACAGCAGCGUGCCGAAGACGUCGGAGCUGAUGGGCAUCACCACCAGGGACGAUCCGUACGGGAACGGAACAGAGCUGUUUGAUGCCUUCAUCUGCUACUGUCAGAAAGACCUUCAGUUUGUCCAGGAGAUGAUCAGAGAGCUGGAACAAACAGAGUUCAAACUGAAGCUCUGUGUCUUUGAUCGGGAUGUCUUGCCAGGAACGUGUGUGUGGUCCAUCAGUGGAGAACUUAUCGAAAGGAGGUGUCGGAGGAUGGUGGUCGUCAUUUCAGACGAUUACCUGGAAAGCGACGAAUGUGAUUUUCAGACCAAAUUUGCUCUUAGUCUUUCCCCAGGCGCUCGUCUCAAACGGCUGAUUCCAGUGAAGUGCAAAGCCAUGAAGAACGAGUUUCCAAGUAUCCUGCGGUUCAUCACAAUCUGCGAUUACACCAAUCCUUGCACCAAAAAAUGGUUCUGGACAAGACUGGCAAAAUCCCUCAUGCUGCCGUGACACAAAGUUACGAGUGCUGGCUGCUCUUUUUUAAUUUAUCCUGCCUGUGCCUUCGGACCACGGUGUCGCUCACGCAGUGCCUUUCACCACUGCAGAACUUGGAUCCUCACAAUCAGUGUUUGGAGCCUGCGACUGGGAGCAAAGAAUUUUCUCUUUUUCUUAACUUGUAAGGGGAGAUAAAGGAACUGCCCAGGUGUUCCUGUUGGAGUCAGUGAGCAACAGCGUCCAGCAUUUCGUGUAGUAAGAACUUGUAGUGGAGAUAUAGGAAAUACACAUUUAAAAACUGAGUCACGAACAUGGGAAGGCCACUUGUAAGCGUUUAAUGAGACCCGGGAACAUAAAAUGCUGGUAUAAGAUAAGAAAUGAUAAAAGCCUCAAACUGCAGGCGUUUUUAACCGAAAUUGUCAUGCCAUUUUAAAAGCUCUCUAAGGGCUAUAGUGACGUUUAGGGUUGGUGUCUUUUUAACAUGUCAGUGAAAUCCCACGGCUGCUCAGUGAUCCGCAGGAGGGGAGGCUUCGGACUCUGGUUCCCCCUUGGGGAAUGGCCAGCACCAGAAUGACCAAUUUCGGCACCAAAAUUGACCACAUCUUAUGAUCUGCGCUGCAGCCCGGCUUUUGGGCAGCACAGGGGAAUGUGUGCGCUCAGACCCUGGCCUGUCUUUGUUUCCCUUGGCCGUUGUUUGCAAAAGAACGGAAUAUUUUAAUUGUCAAAGCAAUGCAAAGAAAUGAAUGGUUCUACCUCUGUUCGUAGCAAUAUCAGCAAAAUCAGCGCCGUUAUCCUUGCAGUUGGAACCAGUGCAGAAUCACUGAACUCAGAUUUAUUUUCUGCGGAUGUUUCCAUCCUUAAGCUCUAUCACAGGAUUCCCGUUCCGUGUUCAUUUACAGCGUAAAUCCCUUGACACUUGCACUUUCCGAGGUAGUUCCCCAGAUUUGACAGAAGUGAUUUUUUUUGCUCAUCGAAGCGAGAACUGCGAGGAAGGACACGCUCUUGCAGCGUGUCUGCCUGUGUUCAGGUGACAUGUGAUUAAGCAGCGUGUCUUACACCAGGGUUUUAUAUUCCCAGACCUUGUUAAAUGUUUACAACAGACGCACUCGUUAGUAGAGAAUCAGUCUUUAAAUCUGUAUGUUCAGGGGAAGGCCUUGCUACAUAAAGUGCAGGAUGCUUUUGCUCAUCGACUGGAACAGGAACAGAGCUGGGCACCUACGUGGGUCCGGCUCUUAAACUGUGUGACCUUUAAGAGCCUGCCAGAAGUACAUCAGCUUUUGGGAUGCCUCAAAGGCACAGGGAUAAAUAUCAAAUAAAAAGCGUACUGAAUUAUAGAUCGGGCUGUUUAAAUUAUAAAAGAUAAUGUUCCCAUAAUAGGAAAGAGCAUAUUCGAAUUAACCAGCGGAGUCACUAGAGUGUGGGCAAGAAUUCUGCCCCAAGUAGUGUUUUCAAGUGACCUAUUGGUAUAUUAAACAGAUUUUCACUAAAUAUUUACCCACUAAUUGGGAAGAGGGGAAUCUUGCUUACAUAUCUGCAGUUGCUUGAACUCUGCCACUUUGUUCCUUACUUCAGCCCCUGACUCAUGUUGAUUUUACAACUUAAUGGUUUACUAGUUUACAUUUUUAAGGUGGAUUUUAUUUUUUUUUUAAAAGAUAUGCUUUAAAGCAUUACCAGGGCUGAGUUCCUCAGACGGGAAUGUAUGCACAAGUCUCUCCCUCACCCACACCAUAAAUGAAUGUUCGCUUACCAGGGGUUGCUGCAAAGCCCUGGGAAUGUGCUGCUGCUGCUUCCUCCUGGCUGGGAGCAGUCAGUCCUUGAUUUGAACCCAGCAACACUUGGGGACACGUUUUAUGGGGCAGCUGGGGACUGCAAACUGGGUAUUUUUCAGUCCCUUCUACAAACACAACUGCUGCCAUCGUGCCAAGGUGCCAUUUGCAUCUUCCUGUCUUGUUAGCUCCAAUAAGAAGCCCCCCGGGCAUGGGAGGGGAAAAGUUAAGCUGAUGAUGGGUUUCUAAAUAGUUCGUCUUCGUGUCCUAUUGCCAUCAGGCCUCUCCUGCAGAAACAGCCAGCUGCUUGCCUUGGGGCUUCUGCAUAAUCGUUAAAUGUUAAUUAUAGAAGAGUUUCUGGAGGCUGCUUGAUCCCCAGUCACUCCUGGGGCUUGGUGAAUUCCCAUACUCCAGAGUGUCUAUCAACAUUAAUUACGGGUCAUUACUCACGGGACUGAACCAGAUUCCUCUCGAGUCGGGAGCUGAAAGAACUCGUCCGGUAUCUUGCUAGGGGCAGGAACAAAAGCAGGAGGCUCUGGCGCAGACACUAGAGGGAGGCAAUGGCCCGUGCUGCCAGCUCUGGAGCUGCAGGGCUUGUGCUGUGAGCGGGAGGGAGAAGCCUGCCCGCUCCAUGGAGAAACGGGCACCGACCGCUCCCUGCCAUGGCCUGAGUGAGUCCUGGAUGAAGAUGGGGAGCGCCCGGGGCUUUUAAUCCUUUCCCUCCCGCAGCCUCUUCUAAGGAAAAUGCACCUAAAAUAGUUGGAGAGUUUUGGAGGCAGAUUCGGCCGUAAGCACCGUCUUCGGCGUGGGUCCUGCUGGUGUUUUUUGGGACUUGGGACGUUGCAAGUGAGGGAGAAACAACAGCAGCAAAAAGAGUAAGUGUCAGCUUUGUAAUAAAUGACCUGGUGACUGCUGAACGGGGAAAGUGCUGCUUCUGGAAGGGAAGUCAAAAACAAGAGGUGGAUUUCUAAACCCUCAGACUUCCAGUAAAGAAAUUCCAAAUAAUUCUGAAAGAUGUCAGUGCUUAGGCUAGGUCUGGUUAUCACCUAGCUCCCUGUGUCGUGGUCCUUCUGGCUGCCUGGCUCGGAUGCAACGCAGGUAUUGCUGUUACCUGAAUGCUGCUUUCUUACAAGCGGUUAAAAUUUGUAUGGUUAAAAUAAUUACUGUGGAGUAAAGUGGAGUAGUGUCCCUAAAAUGUAAAAUACGUGGUUUAAGUGUGUAUCCUUUUCGGAGUAUAAUCCAAUUUAUGCACUUCUGACAUUUUUAUAUCUGUCUUGGCACACUGACUUUAUGAAGUGGGAUGUCUGUGAAUGACAAAAUGCACGUACUGUAAACAUGGUUCAGUGGCAGCACGGUUCCCUUUUCCCCUCCUUGGUGCUCAUUGGAAGGUCAACAUUCUGAACACCUUGAAAAAAGAGAUUUAAAAAAUGAUGAUUUUUUUAAAAUUUUGUUUCUUUCCCUCCCUGAAAUUGUCCUCGUUGAAUCUGUUAAUACCAAAUCAUUUAUUUUUAUAUGUAUACAGAUACGUUUAUAUUACUUUCUAUCCUGAUAUGCAUCUUUAGAAAAGCAUCUAUGUUGUCUAGGCAUUCAGAAAAUACUCCACAGUUCUGUGGUUUUUCCUCCUUAUGAGCAAACUUUUGCUACCUGUGACAAAACAUUGUAAAAUAAAGCAGAAAAACCCCA